AUGGACACUACUAAACUCAACCACUCGAAACUAGGCACUAAAGAAUAUUGGGACAAUUUCUACAAACUAGAGAAGGAGAACUUUGCAGAAAAUCCAGACGAUACGGGCGAAUGCUGGUUUGCAGACUCCGGGGCCGAGGAGAAAAUUGUAGACUUUGUGUUCUCGAAUCUCGAUCCUAACGUCUCCAUCUGCGAUCUUGGUACGGGAAAUGGACAUCUACUUUUUGAGAUCCUACAAGAGGGCUGGAAAGGACAACUCGUGGGAGUUGACUACAGCGAGGCCAGCGUCCAGUUUGCCAAGACCAUCGCAAAAACUAACGAUUUGAAUGUAGAAUUCUAUCAAAGCGAUAUACUCAAUCUGGAGGACCAGUUUCUCAAGACCAAUGCGGGAAAUUUCGACCUGGUAUUGGACAAGGGCACAUUGGACGCGAUUGCCCUCAGCGACAACCUGUAUGACGGCAAAACAGGACAGGAAGUGUAUCCAGACACGGUGAAAAUCUUGUUGAAAAAAAAUGCGGUUUUGCUGGUCACGUCGUGCAAUUUUACCCAAGACGAGCUUAUCAAGGUGAUAACUGCUUCAGGCAACUUUGAGGUUUGGAAAACUGUCGAGUACCCGGUAUUCGAGUUUGGCGGAGUCAAAGGCUCGGCCAUAUGUACUGUUGCAUUUAGACGCAGGUAA